GCGGCGCAUGGAUCAUAAAAUUAAUAACUAAAACUAACGUAUUGCACCAUGCAUAAUGGAACUUUAGAAAUCAAAACGAAUAAAAUUGUUAGAAGAAUCAAACAAAUUAUGUCUGAGAAAACACUUCCUGUGUGGAAGCCUCUACUUGCAACGGCACAAACUGCUUUGGAAUGGAAUGGCGCAUAUGUAGCAGCAACAUAUCUUCAAACGAUGGGGCUAUUUUUGUCUCUUUAAUUUAAAAAAGUUCUAUCCACGAGUAAAAAAGUUCGAAGUCUUGUUUACUUCCGCUUCCCAUGUUUUAGUCGUAUGUGUGUCUUUCUCCCUUUUUCUUUCUCUCUUUCUCCUUCACCCAAUCUCCCGUUCUUUUCUUCUCCCUACUCGCCCCAAAUGAUUUCUUUUGCAGUUUAUGUCUUCCAACUCUCAUUCUUCUGAAAGGCUGUGGGAGAAGGAGGUUGACAAAACUGAGGGCGUCAGGCGGCGGACGACGGGAGCUGGGGAAGUUCUGGGAGAGAGGCGGUGCACGGCGGCAGUUGGCCGGUUGGGGCAGUUGCGGGCGACGGGCAGAAAUGGUUGGGGAAUUUGUGGACGACGGCUGGUUGGAGACGCAUAUUGGAUCGGAGUAGUUGUUGACGAAGGGCGGUCAGCGACGCAGAUGGGAUCCGAAGUAGUUGUGGACGACGGGCGGCGGAGCCUAGAGAAGCUGUGAGCGGUGGGCGGCGAAGCCUGGGAAAGCUGUGGCGGCGGGACAGCAGAUGGAGAUGUAAUGGGUGAAGGGUGGUGCACAAUGAAAACCGGGGAACUUGUGGGCUACAAUUGACUGGUAUGGAAAGAUAGAGAAUAAAUAGCAGGGAAGCAGAUCUGAAGAAGAACCAAAGAAGAUAGGAGGGAAAGAAGAAAGAGAGAGAGUGAAAAGGAAAAAAUAAAAAUGUUGACACGUGGACAUUCAGGACAACUAUAACCGACAUUAUAUGUGUGAAACCGGCUAAAUGACUAAUUUGACCCAAUUUUAACACUUACGGGACUUGAUUGAUUAGCUUUUUUGUAAAAGUAUAAGGACUAA